GCCGGCGGAGCCCGCCGCGGGGCGCGCCGCCUUCCCCCAGCAGGUGGCACCGGGGUCCCGGCGGCGGCGGCGGCGGCGAGCCAUUGCGGGCCGCCCUUGGCCGCCGGCCGCGCGCCCGGCGGGGGAGGCGGCGGCGCUGCCCGGCAUCGCCGCCCGGCAUCGCCCCCGCCGCGGCACCCCGCGAAGUUCGGGGCGGCCUGCGCGGGCGGCCGGGGCCGCGGGGCGGCAGCGGCGCCGCCGCCAACUUGUCCCGAGCCCCGGUGCGCGCGGCCGGAGCCGACAUCUCCGCGGCGCGGUUCAUUUUUGCUGAUUAAAGAGACGGACCUUGGUCCUGCUGCCGCUGCCGCUGGGGGACUGGCGGCACAGCCUCCCCGCGCUCGCUCUCCCCUCGCUCUCUCAUCCCCUUUCUCCUUCCUUUCUUCCUCCUCCCUCCUGCCCGCACCAUGGAGUUUACGGAGAGGAAGAGAAGCAGGAAAUCCCAAAGCUUUAAACUGAUAAAUCAAGAUUACCAUCAUGAGAUAUAUAAGAUCUCUGACUACAGCAAUGAUGUUAAUGGGGAGACCAAAGAAACACAACCAGUUUUUUUAGGAGAUGAAAGCCGGGAAAUUAAAAAACAAAUUACAGGGAUGAGAAGAUUACUGAAUGACAGCACUGGAAGAAUCUAUCAGCGAGUUGGCAAAGAAGGAGAGAAACUGAAGGAGGAGCCCCAGGAUUUAGACUUAGCCUGGGCCCAGCGCCUGAAUCCCUCUGCAGAGUCCCAGACAAGCCUUCAUCCUUCACAGAGUGGUGCAUGGAAUGAAUUGCCACCCCAGGCUAGCCAUUUUUCAGGGCAGUAUGGAACUCGGUCUAAAACGUUCCAAAAUCAGACACGAACUGUGGCAUCCAAUGGAGAAAUUCCAAUGGUGAAUUCAUCAAUUGGACCAAACUGCUGUACAUGUAAUUGCCAGUCGACUCUACAGGCUAUUCUUCAAGAGCUCAAGACCAUGAGAAAAUUGAUGCAGAUUCAAGCAGUUGGGACUCAAAACAGACAGCAGCCUCCUAUACCUCUGAUUUGUGCGCAAAAGUCGACAAUAUCAAGAAAGAGAAAUAAAAAGAAAAAACUGCCCCUCAAAACCGUUGAACCGAUUACCGUGAAUAAGAAACCCAACACUGCAGAGAACGAAAAGAAGCUUUUGGCAAACUCUGAACGGUCAAGUCUUCAAGCAGUUGAACCCUCCCUAAAACCAGAGACCCCUGUUUCAGGAUUUGGAAUUAUCCUUGAAUCAACUUCGUCAGAUCCAGAAGUGCAACUUGCAGAAGGCUUCGAUGUCUUCAUGCCAAAAUCUCAACUGGACUCUAUAUUAUCAAACUAUACUCGCUCAGGAAGUCUGCUGUUUAGGAAGCUGGUCUGUGCAUUUUUUGAUGACAAGACUUUGGCUAACUCUUUACCCAAUGGCAAAAGGAAAAGAGGGCUCAAUGACAACCGAAAAGGACUAGACCAAAAUAUCGUGGGUGCAAUAAAAGUCUUUACAGAAAAAUACUGCACUGCUAACCAUGUGGAUAAACUUCCUGGUCCUAGGGACUGGGUCCAGAUUCUUCAGGAUCAAAUUAAACUGGCAAGAAGACGAUUAAAAAGAGGCUCAGCAGAGGCAACUGACUGUGAUGAGAAGCCGGACAUUUCUUUACUACAAACAGGUAACCUUUUUGACACGACAACAGACAGUCUGGUAGACACGAACCCAGAUUUUUCUGCUUGAAUUUUACAUUCUGCGUCAGUGUUUUUAGCAGAUAGAAACAUCCUCCCAUUCGAAUAAUGAUGCUGCAAGACCUGCGCGAGAAUUUCAGCGUACUGCAAGAUGUGGAUGUCCGUACUGUUCUCCCUUCAAAUUUGUGUUGUUUCCUCCAUUUCCCGUGUCAUCCGAAAUAACAAAACCGCCAGAUCGUUUCGCUGUUUUUCAUCUUAAUUAAAGAUGAUUUUCCUCCGUAUCCAAUGCAUAAUUUAAUUAGUGUGGGAUCCACUCUAACUGAAGACGUUCUCCUGCCUUGGUUUUUCCUUCCCGACCGUACUUUUCCCAUGUGAUCGUGUGCUCGCCAGCAGCGUUUCACCCAAAGCUCUGCAGAGGCAAAGGAAAAAAGCGGGGUGGCUCCUCCCGGCCGGGCAACCGGACGGCAUCUUCCUCCGGCGCGAGCCCGGGGGCUCGAUGACCUUCCCCUAGGGGAACCGCUUUGCACUUGUGGUUCUGCAACGUCUCCUUUUCCGGCUGCUUCGCUGUUUAAAGAAGGAUGGUACAAAUGACUGUACGCAGCCGUAAUUCGGAGGUCCCCGCUGGGUUUAGCGAUAAAGCAACCGAGCGGGGUUCGUGCCAGCGGAGUCGAAUCCCUCAUGUACCGUACGUAGGUAGAAGCUGUUGCUUGGACGCGUUGCAGUUCCCCUGCCUGGUGCUGGUGGGACGGCUCCCGAGGAGCUUUGUAGUGCAGGCGGCGCGAGGAGAUGGUUUUCUGCCUGCUUUUUUCUCCAGCUUUCCCUGCCACCUCAAUCUGAAAAUGUAUUAGUUUGCUGAUUUCCAGGAAGAGGGUCUCGCACACUGUGAUUUGUCAACCACUGCCCUCGGGGACGAUAUUCUGCAAUUAAAAAAAAAAAAAAAAGUCGCCUUUUGACUGGCACUCGAUUGCUGUCUCAGCAGUUAAAGAUGAGUAGAUUGAUCAAGAAAUUGCACUACCCUCGCAGGCGUUGAAAGGGUUGGUCCUUUCGGGUCAGGGCUAAGGCGAAAUCCGGCGUGGCCCUCCGCGCAAGCUAUCACUUCUGCACCUUUCGACAGCACUAAAUUCACUUUAAAAACGUAGGAAAAAAAGUCUAGAAGGUCUUACCUGCAACAUAGAUUAAUCACCAGACAGUUUGAGUGUGUUUCCUGGAACUUGAGAGAUUGCCGUAGCCUUUACCAUUGUGUUUCAUUUUCCUUUGUAUAGUUUGGGCCCAUCGGGUUUCUUCUCCUUGAAGCUAUUUGGCCUUUGAGCCUGUCAACUGAAGUGCUAUUACGGAGUGGGCUUUUACCCUCCCCCCCAACUAUUUAAAGAUUUCUCUUUUUUACCAACCCUAAAGCCUGUUUCUCAGAAGCUGCCGAAUGCCCACAGAUCACGCUGAAGCCCAUGGGGGCGGCGCGUCCCUGCAGCGCCUUCGAAAGCUCGGGCUUUCCGCGCUUCCCCGGCGGGGCCGACGGCCUCGGAAACCGCGGGAUACGUUGAAUGUGCACUGCGAACCUUAAAAGAGCCUUUCCCUCCUUCACGGUGUGGCAUUGCCAGUGCCGGGGCUCGCGGGUGGCCCCGCGCGGCCGGCCCUCCUCUCCCUAGCGUAACACUUCAGCAGCGGGAUCGCCGUUUUGUAAAUUUUCCAGAUUUUGCGUUUGUGUUUACUUACUGUGACUACUGUUCAGACUUUCUUCAGAAAUCUUUUUAUAGGGUUUAUUAGCGGAAAAGAAAAAAAAAUCAUUCCAUAUUUAGGUAAAAAUGUCUCAAUCUUCUGUAUAUAUGUUUUAUUAAUAUGUAAAUAUUUAGAUAUUUUUAAAUUACUAUGUUCUUAAUAAAGCGACAAGGGACUAGUUGUGAAAUGGUGUAUAACAUUGUGUUGUGUUAUCGAUCUCUGGGAAACCCUCUUUGUCAGUUCGGAAAAGAAAACCUACAAUAAAUAACUUUAAUUGAA